GUCCCCUUGCAAUCCCUGAUCCUCGCUUAGACUCCCUAAUCUGCGGGUAAUCCAUCUAGGUUAGCAUUAGCGAUAAUAGCUGCAGGCGUGCUGGUCCAGGAUGGGGGGGCAGCCAGCAGGAAGCAGCUUGCAGGUACCAGCUCUGGUGCCCUGGACGCAUUGCUGGGACGAGGUCCUACUUGAAUGCUUCUCUUAUGUUCUGAGGUUCUUGGUUUAAAGUACCAGGUGUGUGGUAGGGUUAGGGCCUGCUCAGUAAAUGGUUAAGUGCUUCUGUCUUAUUAACCACGCACCCUCCAUGUUGGAGUUCUUGGGAGUGAGACAAGCGUGUGAUUGUCUCUCCGCGCAUCCUGUCACCCGUCAGAGGACUGCCACGCAGCGGCUGGGCCCGCCCCCCCCACUCUCACCCGACCUUUAUAGCUAUGGUUUUAAAUUUGCUUCUAGGCAAACAUGCUGAGAGUCGCAUGCUGUCCACACACAGGGGACCCAUUCAGAAGUUGGGCCUCUGCCUUUAAAGCAUUUGCAUCCUAGAAAGCCAGAACUCCAGCGUCAUUUAACACCCCCCCCCCCUUCCGGUCACUGUAUGCAUGGGGCUGCUCUCAGAAGGUGUGGGAAUGGAACUCCUUCUCCCUGGAGAUCUGGACCUACUGCUUCCCACUUAAAGUGUGUGUCACCAUGGAGAACCUAAAACCAAAUUCCUCUUUCACUCUCUCUUUGACAAAAGUUCAUUACAGUUCAGGUCUUGGGCAGCGAAUGGUUAAAAGUUUCCCCAAAAUGUAUCAUUUCCUGCUUUGUUCCUGUUUUUUCUGCGCUUCCUCCUCCCCUCCCCCCUCCCCCCCACGGCUCUGGGGGGUGGGCGAGCCAUCCCACAGUCCUUCCCUAACUGCAAACAUCUGGCAGGUCUUUGCUCAUUUCCACGGAGGCGGACGGAGCAGGACGCCGGUGCUGCCGCGACUCUCUGCCAGGUGGUGGACAGCCUCUCCCCCAGCGUCCGCGGCGGUAACCUAAGUGUGCUCAGGAGGCACUGGGAGGAGAUCCCCUGUGCGGAGUCAGCAGCCCCAGCCUCACCUCAGAGAACCCGACACGACCCGGAGGAGGACGAGGUCUUCAUGGAGAGAGCCCAGCAGUGGGCACAGGUGGUGGCGGGUGCCAGCCGGACCCCCGUGGUACCCAGCUCCCCUGCCGAGAAGCCUAGCGUGCCGCUCAACAGCCUGAAGAUGAUGUUUGAGGGGGGGGGCGGCACGCCGAACAGGGUGUCCAAAGAACCUGUGAAGAGCAGCAUCUUCUCAGAGGACAUGGAUCACCUGGAGGACAAAGGCCUCCUGGAGCGGCCGGCGUCCCCCAACCGCCUGGAGAGCACGCCUCUGCGGGACAGGAUGGCCAAGUACCAGGCAGCUUUGUCCAAUCAGGCCCCAUCAUCCUCUGGGCAAAGCGGCGACCCAGUGGAGCCUGAGGUCCGCAUCCAUACCACAAAACAGAAGGAGAAUGUCCCCCCCGACUCCUCCAACACGGACGCGACCUCUGGCCCCGUCGGCAGGGCCUGCUCCACCAUCGAUAGCAGCACCGGAGCUCCGGCACCCGUGUGCGACUACAGUGCUGGUUCCCUGCUGGGUCCGUCACAUGAGCACAGCCAACCCCGGACACCCAGGAAGUUUCAAUCGGCCGCGUGGGAGACCUGUGUGUGCUGCCUGAAGACGGUGUAUCCGCUGGAGAGGCUGGUGGCUGCUCAACAGAUCUACCACAGCGCGUGUUUCCGCUGCUCCCACUGCAACACCAAACUCAGCCUUGGGAACUACGCCUCCCUGCACAGCAGCGUUUACUGCAAGCCUCAUUUCAACCAGCUGUUUAAGGCCAAGGGCAACUAUGACGAGGGUUUUGGUCACCGACCUCACAAGGAGCUGUGGGCCCCCCUCAGCGAGGGCGGUGAUGAAGAGAUGGCUGAGAAGGAGGAGCUUGUGGAGUCUGAGGACACUCUGACAAGCACGACGGUAGAGGAGUCAUCUCUGGCCAAGGUCAACGUCUUGGCCGCAUCCCUGGAGACGCGUGCCCAGACGGUCCCCGAGCCAGAUCAGCCGGGCCCAGACAGGGCUCUGGAGACACGGCGGCUCAAGGUUUCCUGGCCACCAUCUGCCGAGGGCGAGAAGGUUCCGGGUGGGGUUGGAGCGGCUGUGGAGGGGGGCGCCGUGAGGCCCAAUCGAGCCAAGUGGCCCCCCGAGACCAGCGCCAAGGAGUCCCUGUCGACACAAAGCCCCGAACGUGCUGAGCUUGCUAACCUGCGCCGGUGUUCCUCCCUGAAGGAGCGUAGCCAGCCCUUUUCCCUGGCUAGGCCCAGUCCCUCCCCCACCUCUGCCCCCAGAGAGCCCCAGCGCCCACGGGGAGGUCUGCCGGAGAGGCAGGGCUCGCCUGAAACGGGAUCACCCACAGCCACGCCCCACAGCAAGGAAGAAGGUGCCUCAGACGAUGCGGAUUUGGAAGCUGAGCCGGAAGAGGCGGUUCAGAAGGAUGGCGAAGUUUUCACGCCAACGGUGGACCUCCCCGAAGAAGGAAGACGAGAGCAGCCGCCAUUCGAAAUGUGCCAAGGCGUCUGUCCCGGGGUCCCGAGCGAUAGCUGGCACAAGCGGGGAUCUCAGGAAGUCGAGUCUGGGGAUGGAGAAGAGGUGGACGAGGCUGGGGAGCAUCUGUCUGUGGAGGAGCUGAUUAAAAGGAACCGUUACUAUGAGGAGGAUGAGGAAGAGGAGCAGUUUGCCUGAAUCAGAGUUGGGAGGAGGAAGUCCGGCCUCUCGACUCUAACUUGGUGCUCGCUGCCUUGACCCCUUUGCCUUUCUGGGCUUGAUCAUUUCUCUGAUGCCUCAUUAUCUUCUCAUCGUGCCUUUUACAGAGACCUAGUGGUGCUGAUGCCAAGCGGAGAACAAGGUGCCCGCACUGCAUCCCUCUCGUGUUUCUCGAACACGUCGCUGUGUCCGUAAGAAGGUCGCCACCUGGUGUUAAACACACGGAAUGUACUCGGGCAUUGCACAUUAACUGGUAAAGGCAGGUCUUUUCACAACACAUAGUCUUUUAUCAAAUUUAUAACUUUUCUCUUUUGUACAUUGUUAGAUUUAUGUACUAACAUGUUUUGUAUUUUAGAUUUUUAAGAACUAUACAUUUUAGGGUUUUUUAAUCACAAGUUAACUUAGGGUAAGAAACUGGAAAUGUUUAAUUCUGCAUUAAAUGGCACAUUAUUUAAACUCACUGAUGUGAGAAACAUGCUGGAAACAUAAGAGCAAUGUUCAUAGCACAGACGUCCCUUGUUACUCCAGACUCCAGUCAGGUCUGGAUGCACAGGAAAUAGACCCACGCUGCCUGGCCACUUCCUGUUUUAGCCCCGCCUCCCCUGGCUUUCAUCCUCUCCCCUGCUGAGUCCAGCACCCUUUUUCUCUGUCUUCUUUACAUCCUGAGUGCAUUCUUUGCUUACUUGGGCUGUUUCCUUGUCACUGUCAGAGUAGUAGACACAAACUACAGGCCAGCACAGAGCAACACAAACACAUGUACCUGACACAGGGAUGUCUCAUAUUUCUUCGUUAAAGAUUUGAAUAAAUACUUCAUACAAACCUGC